GACGCCGAGAUCCUCUCCUCACUGUCAGAAUCAGAGACACGCUUCUUCCCGUUCGCAUCCAAACGUUGGAUAUAAUGGCCAUUUUCUCUCUCUACAUUUUCUUUCUCUAUAUUUUCUCUGUCUAGCCGCUUCUGGCGCUGAUACCCAAGCUCUUGGGAGUUCUGGUUCGGAUUCCUGGAAGAGGUAUUCUACUGUUUUCGUACCUCGGACAUGGAUAAAAUCUCCCAAGACUGCCCCUACCCCGGAUGCUUCUUCUGUGUCAUGAAAGAGGGGAACCCAAAUAAACGCAGAGCAAGUAUAAUGAAAUUCUUCAGAGAACUACCUUCUCAAGACGACGAUGGCCAGGUUCUCCCCAUAAGUGGCCUCUGGAACACUGCAAUGGCUCAUCCCAAUGACCCCGAAUUCAUUGACUUGGGCAUAUUUGAGUGCAUGGCCGCUCUUGUAUGGAAAGGCUUAAAGAAUAGAAGGUGGCUCUCUCAUGACCAAAAUGUUUACAUCCCAUAUUAUGCAGCCCAUAUCAUUGGGUCAUACACCAUGAACAUGGAGGACUUUGCAGAGAGUGCUGUCCAUGCUGGUGUCAUUCCCCCCUUGGUCGAGCUUCUUAGAGGGAGGUUAACUUGGGUGGAGCAAAGAGUAGCAGUUCGAGCCCUAGGUCACCUCGCUACCUAUCCUAGCACUUUCCCUGCUGUUGCUAGUCAUGGAGAAGUUCUUGAACUUUCUAUUCAAUUGGCUUUGAGCUCCCUUGAAAUUGUGUAUACCCAUUUUUACCAAUUAGUUGACAGAAGACCAAGUUAUCAUUGUGAUUUGCUUACUCGCGGAAUGGGUGGUGUUGAAAUGGAGUCUAGGAAGGCAGAAGAGUGGGCGAGCCAGUUGCAGUGCUGGUCUCUUCAGCUUAUUAAUUGUUUUGCUUUCAAGUCUGAAUUUCUCCCUAUUGUAUGCAAGCCCGAGCUUUUGAUGAAGCUUCCGGGCAUGUGGGGUGGGCUUGUAAAUGAGAAUUCGCCUGCUGGAAUUGGUUUGUUGAGGACAAUUUGCCACCAUAAACUUGGUAGGGGGCCAGUUGCGAACUGCCCUGGUGUUAUUGAGGCUCUUUGCAAUAUUGCUCGAUCAUCAGAUGACUGGCAAUAUAUGGCUAUUGAUUGCCUUCUUUGGUUGCUUCAAGAUCCAAACACUUGUCAUAAGGUGAUAGACAAGGCAGCACCUGCACUCAUUGAUUUAGCAGAAAUUUCAACCCUUGGUGAUCAUAAGAAACUUGGGGAGUCUAUUGUUAAUGUUCUUCAAGAGUGUGUCCAAUCAAUGGGAGCAGGGCGCAACUCGCUUAGUCCCCGAACAAAAGAGCAGCUUGAUGAACUUGCAAACUCAAGGAAGAGAUUGAAAUGGGAAAAGAAUAUGCCAAAGGAGGACCUCCACAUUAAGCAAGCAGCAGCACUAGUUGUAAAACUCGAGGGAAAUUCUCUAUUUUCUUCAGGAAACUUUGCAGGGGCAGCCUCUAAAUAUUCGGAGGCAUUAGCACUAUGCCCCAUGAAAUCCAAGAAGGAGAGAGUUGUAUUAUAUAGUAAUCGAGCUCAAUGUCAUCUCCUACUUCAACAGCCUUUGGAAGCAAUAAGUGACACUACCCAUGCAUUGUGUCUUCACAACCCGCUUAAUCGCCAUGCUAAAAGCUUAUGGAGAAGAGCACAGGCGUAUGACAUGUUGGGUUUGGCUAAAGAGAGCUUAUUGGAUGCCAUUUUGUUCAUUAAUGAAUGCUCUCAAUCAUCUGAUCCAGACCUUUCUCUGAAACAAAACAAAGUUCCUGAUUAUGCUGAGCGUCUGGUCAAGAAGCAGAUGCGUGCUGCUUGGCUAUUUAGAGAAGCAGCUCUGAAGCAUGGGGGUGUGCAUUGUGAGGGGGAUGAUGGUGUUGUGUAUGGAAGAGACGCCGACGAUUCUGAAUGGGAGACAGCAAGUGAAAGUGAAAUUGGGAAUGAUGGGAGGGUUGAUGCUGUUGAUGAGGAUAGUGAAUGGCAAAAUGAUGAUGAAGGGAAAAAUAAGUAUGAGAAACCGUCAAUGAAAGAAAUGAAGCAUGGAUACAAUGUUCAGCUUGUGGAAGAUGGCCUAUGAUUUUGUGUGGUUAAUACCCUAGUAAUGCCCAGGCCUUGCUUUCAUGGAGUUCAGUAUGCUGCCAACCCAAGCAUGGUUAGCCUUAACUGUUUUCGAGGCUUCCCAUCAGAAUUUCUCCAAGAUUUCUCGACCUUCAAAGGGUUUUCAGUCCAGGUUGCUUGAAAUCCAAGAAGAGCCAUGCAGAGACUGAAAACUAAGUGGGUUGUGUAUAUUAGGUGAGUGUUUUCUUUGUGGCGUGAGGAUUGUUGUAAUCAGAAAAACCAAUCUUCCUUCGAGAUUGAGACAAAUGAGCCUGCGCGUGACCAAAAUGGCUGUUGGUGGUUCUGUUAUGAUUUAAGAAGCUUGUGUUAUUGUUUUUUACUUAUCAAAAGACAGUAGAAAAGAAAGAAACGCUUGUGGUGUAUAUAGUGUUGUGAGAGGUGUAAUUGCAUCUUUUGUGGAGAACUCUGAAAUGAUUUUGUGUUCGUGUCUAAGUCAUUUGGUUUGCUUUCAGUCAUUUUUAUAAAUUGUUACAUUAUGGUGAUAACAAUUAUUUCUAUCAAGGUUUGCAGUGAACUGUAUUUCAAUUUUU